CAAAUGCAACCUUUCAAAUGCAACCAAUCAAUGACACAUGUAUUUUGUUGUGAUUAAGAAACUGGCGCUCAUCCAAUCAAAAGACGCAAGUGUAGCCAGCGCGAAACGUUAGGUUUACGUCGUAGCUGUCAGUCUCAGUCAGACCUAGUAAUAAUAAUGUCAGCGAAUUCCGCCAUCAUUAAAUUUGCAUUCACGUAGCAUAAAGAAAGUUGCAGUCCAGGGGCAAGAAAGAAGCAUUCUGCAAAAUGCAAGUUUUGCAAAGUCUCUCUCACCGAAACAGCCGGGACCACAUCAAUGUUCACCAGACACCUGGAGCGGAGACACCCGGAGAGGUACUUGGAGUACAAAGCUAGAUCUACAGCAUCAUUGUCUGAUCCAACACAGCCACAAAUAGCGGUGUUUGCUCUAAACAUCCAGCUAUAUUCUCCAAAUUCAGCCAGGCAACAGGCUAUCACCCAGUCCAUCCUCCAGAACCUCAUAGUUGGAUGUUCUCUCCCCCUGUCUAUCGUUGAGAAUCCAUACUUCCUGAAUGUCCUGGAUUGCAAAUACACUCCUGUGUUAAGGGCCACUUUGACAGAGAAGUUGAUUCCUCACCUUGUCACUAACGUUAAGGAUGACAUAAUCAAAGCCCUUGAAGUCCAGCCAAAUGUAGCAAUAACAACAGACCUCUGGUCUGACCGGAGGCUUCGGUCCUUCCUGGGAGUUACUGCUCAUGUUAUCUGCAAGAACAAGGACUCCUACAUUUUACAGUCUUUUUUGCUAGACUGUAGCCGUUUCACAGGGAAACACUGUGGUGAACGAAUUGCCUUAGCAUUUGACAGCAUUGUUGAGGAGUAUGGCAUUGGCCAUAAGAUAAGCUACAUCCUGACGGAUAACGCGUCCAACAUGAAGCGGUCCUUUAAAGUCAGGAUGCUAGAAGUAGAGCAGCCUGAAGGUGACAGCAGCGAUGAGCUUGAUGAUGAAACAAUGUGGGAGGAUGCAGAGGAUUCUGAUCCAUGGUCAACGGGUGAACGUCUCUCUUGCUUUGCCCACUCGCUGCAACUCGUGAUUAAUGAUGGGAUGAAAGAGGUAAAGGCAAUAGCUAGAGCCAUUGCCAAGGCCAGCAAGUUUACAACCCUGCUGCACAGCAGUAGUAAGCACAGAGACUUGUUUGAGGCCCACUUUGGCUGUAAUAAGUGUAUCCCAGCAGCAAACAAUACACGCUGGAAUAGCACUUACAGACAGUUAAAGGCUCUCAUCACUUGACCACCGCACUUACAAACAGUUAAAGGCUCUCAUCACUUGACCACCGAGCCAUCACUGAAAUGUGCAUUUCAGCCCGAGAAUGGGCUCAGCAAAAAGACCUUUGUGCUUUGCUUGAGCCUUUUUCUGAGGCAACAGACCUUACAGAAGGUGAUCAUCAGGUGACUAUUAGCAUGGUAGUCCCCACCGUACUGGACUUGAAGAGUCAUCUUACAAAGAUGGAAGUGCAAAUGCCUCAGCUCGUAACUAUAGUCAGGGCACUGAAAAGAUCCUUAGAGAAACGGUUCUCUGGAAUCUUUAGGCGGAUUCGCAUGGAUGAAGAGGAUCCAGAGGAGCCGUUUAGCCAUCGGAUCUACUUCCUUGCUGCCAUGCUCGACCCCCAGUUUGGACUGACCUGGGUAGACUUAGACGUCCAAAAUGGCCUUUUGAUCAGAGAGGCAGACAGAGAUGCAGCUGCAGCACCAAUAGAAGAAGAUGCAGAAGCAUCGGAUAGUGACUCCGCCCCACCGCCGAAACAGCGUCUUCUUUCACGCUACAAGACCUUUAGGUUGCAACGCAGCACAACCCAGGAAUCGAGCACUGAUGCACAAAUACGCAAGUGUGACUCACUAAGUCAGAGAUGCCACAUCUGCAUUCCUCCCCCACGUCACUUCUUUGAACCUCACACCACCACCCAUAGGAUUUUUCAUCCUCUACAGGAUCAGACGCCAGAUACGUCCCACCAAGGUCAGAGUCAGGACCCUGCCAGACCUGCACCAGCCCCGGCCCUUUUCUAUCAGUGUUUUUGUCUUUCAGCAGGGGGCUGUAGCCGUAUCGGUGCACACAGGUGUGCUGUGUUUGGGCCUGAUGAGCUACAAAAUUAAAUGGCCUGGUGUAGAUGGACAAACCCUCUCCUCCUCUUCUGACAUUGGCUUUUGUUUUCCAUUUUGCUGUACAUACCCCUAGAUACUG